AUGCACCUAGAUAUACAUUUGUAAAAGUUAUGCAUCUAGAAAAGCCAAAAUAACUUAGAAUUCGGAACGGAGUAUCCUGGAAAAGGAUAUAAGCUAUAUUGUUUAUUGUUAGGAUUACCUUUUCACAUCUCAGAUGCCUGAUUUUUUUUGUUAUUGUUGAAGCGACAUGUAAUUUUGUCAUUGUUUGGCUAUAGAAAAAAAUGUUUAUUCUCUUGUAAGUUGUCCUUUUAAUUGUACUAGUCGUCUUUUGUGAGUUGUUUCCUCAAACUUUCCAAAAAUUCAGGCACCUGAAAUAUAGCUUGGAAGACCCUAUUCAUUCGGCCAGGAUGAUUGAUCAGUGCAAGGAGCUUCUUGGUUGCUUAUUAUCAGACAUGCAGGACAGCAUGAGUCGAUAAUACCGAGUUGCAUUUGUGUCUGUCUUGGCCAACUUGAGGAAACCCUAAAAAAUGAUACUCUCAUUCAAGAAAAAUGGCUAGAUUCUAGAUGGAGAAUGAUUUUCAGAUAACUUAGUUUGAGGAAAAAUUCAGAUAGUUUGAGAAAAAAGUUUCAGAUAACUGCCAGGUCCACAUCCCAAAAAUAAAUCACACCUUCCUGUCUUUGUCUCUCUUAAGAUGAGGCGUCCAUUGCUUCCUCUAUUAAUAGACAUUAUCCUGAUUACCUGCAAGUUCCUCCUCCCAUGCAGGAAGGGAAGGCAGAGCCAUUGGAGUUUAGCUAGGGAGGAUCGUUAGCUCGUUGGUGCCAAUCUUGGAGAGCUACACAUCAUUAAUAUUAAAUGGAAAAAGGGAGUGGGUCUAAGAAGACCCACACAAACUUGGUAGGGCAUGGUUCUUACAAGAGUGCUUGUCAGAAAAACAGAACUACAAUCAGUGGCCUAUAAGAACCACAACCUGGCCUCGUUCCUAAACACAAAUGGUGUCUAAUCAGUGCUGAAGUUUGUACUUUGUAAAUUAUUAGUAUCAUAGGAAUAACUGCAUGAAAACAUUAAAAUGAUGCUAUAUUGAAGUAAGAGUAAAGAUAAACUGGAAACUGGGAUCAAGAUUAAGGGCCUACAUUUAUGUUGAAUUGACACAUAUUGUUUUCAUACAUGAUUUGUGAUCUUUAGCAUUUGAAGUGAUUUUAGAAGUCCUAGUUACAAUUGGUUCAAGCUUCAAGAAAUGUUAUGUUGGAAAUAUUGUCAAACUUCUGCAGCUCCAUUGAAAUGUGAAUAGUAUGUGGCCAUGUAAGGAGAUUAGUUAAAGAAAUGAAAUGCUUGUGGCUUCAUGAGAAACUUAUAGUUGCAACACACUGCAUGGGAUACUGAACAAGGGGUAUAUAAGAUACCUAUAUAAUACAUUGUACAACAUCGGUGAUACAUGCCUUCCUGUACUGAAGUUAGUAAUACUGUUUUUUUUUCCAGAACAGUUUACCUUUCUAGAACAUAUAAUUUUCUGGAAGACUUUUGUUGUUCUUCUCUGCUCAUAUGUCCAGUUAUCAACCAACUAGAGAUAAUACAUGUGUCUAUUUAUGACAUAUUCUAGUGUCUGUUUGUUGAGAAUAUUGAUUUAAUAAGCUCCUUGUAAGAAGUCAUACAUAGAAUUAGUCAACUCAUAUUUUAUUCUAGUUUUCUGGUGAACUCAUGCAUAGGAUUAGUCAACUCAUCUUUUUAUCCUAGUUUUCUGGUAGUGUUUUUUUCAGGACACUGAUCGAUGCAUGUUUAAGUGGUACAGAUCUGAGAUCUGACAGAUGGAUUCAGAUUUUCAUCUUAAGGCAAAUGACAAGCAUUGAAUACCAAUCAGAGCCUUUUACCAAGAUGGCAGAAAAUGAUACUAGUCAGUUACAGAGAGCCAUAUUCGCCCAGUACAUUAUGAUGAAAAAGUUAUUCAUGGAAUUAGAAGUAGAAAGAGAAGCUUCAGCAACUGCUGCAAGCGCAGCCAUGUCAAUGAUUCAAAAGCUUCAAAAAGAGAAGGACGCAGAGAGAAUGGAAGCAUGGCAGUACAAGAGAAUAGCUGAGGAAAAGAUCAAGCACACUAACAGAGCACUGGAGAUUCUAAAGGAGGUCAUGGAGCUGAAAGAAUUGGAGAUCUCGUAUCUGAGGAACCAACUGCAGGUGUAUAAACACAAGCUAUCGGAUGCUGGCAUUGAUGAUUCUGACAUUGCAGAUGAGACAAUAGAUAGUGAUAAAUCUUUGUUUGGAAGCAAGAACAUGGAGAAUCUUUGUCAUAAAAUCAAAAGAAAUUUCUCUCUGCCAACUUUACAGUUGAAUAAACUAUAUACUGAUAUGGACAUGAAGAAAAAUAGUGGAAUACAAUCAGCAAGGAGCAGGCUGAGUGAUGACAGUUGGGAGCAGAUUUCAAGAAAUGUUAUGCCUUUCGAGCCCAAGGAAAGCUUCUCAACAGAUUUGGACGGUAGAGGAAAGCAUGGUGAAGAACCACAUUCUCCAAGCAAUGGUGUUUUACAUGACUCUCAGACUUCAGAUGAGCCCCCGUGUUCUUCCUCGUUUUCAGUGGUGAGUCAUCAGGCCAGGGAAAAUAUGGAAUGCACAGUAAACCAUGAUCAACUCAAGGAUUCUUGUGUAGGUGAUUCUCGGACUUUGGAUGAGCCUCUGUGUUCUUCCUCGCUCUCACUGGUGAGUUAUCAGGCAGAUAUAUGCAGUGAUGGUGCAGUUCAGGCCAGGGAAGAUAUGGAAUGCACAGUAAACCAUGGUCAACUCAAGGAUUCUUGUGUACGUGACUCUCAGACUUUGGAUGAGCCUCCGUGUUCUUCCUCAUGCUCAGUGGUGAGUCAUCAGGCAGAUAUAUGCAGUGAUGGAGCAGUUCAGGCCAGGGAAGGUAUGGAAUGCACAGUAAAUCAUGAUAAACUCAAGGAUUCUUGUGUAGGUACUGAAAUGGGUGAACCAGUUGUUCAUCCUUUAAGUGAUCCACUCCAAAUUCCAGAAAGAAGCAAUACGACAACUGAUUCCUCAUGUACUGAAAGUGAAAUAAUGACAGAAGAAUCUCAACUGUCUCCCACGGUUGUUACCAAAGGGCGAGGGCCACGUAAUCUGUCCAGGUUCGCGGCAACAAGAAAAAUUGGAUCGAUGAAUAAUGUCGAUAGACAUGUCCGUCGAAGCUCCGGAACUUACACACCACGAGCUGGUGUUGAGAGAACCAGAUCAAGGCUGAAGCGUGUGCAAAGUGAAAAGAUGGUUGAGCUAAGUGACCCUAGGACUAACAAGGAACAGAUCAUAAUGCUGAAGGAGGUAUAUGAGCAGCUUGGUAUGAUAGAAUCACAUAUGAGACCUUCUGAUUCCCAGGAAAGCCCCCGAAAUGACACAUCAUUAGAUUCUGUUAUGGAGGCAGCUCUAUCGUUUUCCAUAUAGCUGGGUCAGGCUGUGCCAUCUGAAGCAUGCCUUGAGGCUAUGUGCCGCAAUUCAAGUGUUGGAAUUUAGAAGCACAAGAUUGUAUAGUUCACAUUUUUAAGACAGUGCAAAACAAUGAUUAGACAUCUCCAUCAACACAGUACGGUGAAAACUGGGGUAUUUGCUAUGUGCUCAGCACGCUGUAAUCUGAUCCUGUGCAGAACAUGCAUAUGUACAUAAUGUGGGCUGCAGUUGUACCAGUUAUGUAUGUACAUGAAGCCAAGUAGACCAGCGAAGACAGAAGGGGGCUAUGCUGCAAGCAACCUUUGCUGCAUUUAGGUUUCAUUUGCAGAGACUGGUGGCAUGACGCCAUCUCAUGCUCCUGGCUGUAAACAAGUGUUUCUUGACAACCAGUUAGAUCUCGUUCUUGACAAACAAGAGCACCUGGAGGCAUUAGAAAAAAGCGCCCAAGAGACCACCGAACAAUGUCAGCCCGACACCAUUCCCUAAGGAACGUUGCUUGAUGCUCGCAAAAAAAAAAGGAACAUUACUUGAACUUCUAUAUGUGGGUUCGAGGAAUACUGGAAUGAGAUUGGUUUGUUCCAGAAGUUUUUUCAGCCCGUUUUGUCACUGCCUCUUAACCUCAGAAUUUCUAUGCGUGGCCUAGCCACUUGCACAAGGUAGCUAGCCCUAUGCUGUCUGGAAGGCAUCAUCGGUGGAAUCCGAAUGCCCAAUGUAGCCACCAAGCUGGAACAUUACUAUGAACAACGAAAAUGCUUGUCUUCAUUCGA